AUGGUAGAAAUAAGAGAAGAGUCCUCGGAGCCUCAUUAUUCAGGUUCAACAAAUACGCAUUCUCGCGCUCGGCAAGAAGGUGAAAGUGACCCAAAUGUGGGUGUAUCUGCCCUUGAAUUCCUGAAGAAUCAACCAAGUGAAGUAGCUCUGUUUUUAACGAGACUUAUAACUAUAUAUUGUUCGCUGUCUUAUGUAUUACCAGUAGGAAAACUGAGCGCGCAGCACACUGCAUAUUCUAGAGCAUUUUUUGCUGCAGCGGCCACGAAUGCCAUACGACUGCAUCAACGAGUCGGUGGAGUACGGUUUUCUCGAGAUUUUUUUUUAAGUGUUAUUGCUGAGGAUGCGUGCCAUUACCUAUUGUAUUCGAUCCUUUUUGUUUCUGCUGCUCCAGUAACAAUGGCGCUUUUGCCAGUGUUUUUGUUCGCUGUUUUACACGCGGCCAGUUUUUGCAAAAGAUUUUGCAUUUCUACUGGAAAUGGAACUGGAUUCGUUGCUCGGAUGCUAGACGAAUUUAUUAAGAACCACAGUUCGAACUUGUUGUUUGUCAUCGCCUACUCAGAGAUUUUUAUUAUGCCCCUAUUUGUCGCUCUGAUUUUCACUGGCAAAGGGUCAAUUUUCUUUCCGAUAAUUUACUAUCGUUUCUUAGCGUUCCGAUAUAUGUCCCGAAGAAAUGACACUACCAGAAUUGCUUUCUGGCAACUCCGAUGUUCACUUGAAAGAGCUGUUGCGAGCCCAAGUUGCCCCUUGAAAGUCCGAGAUUGUGCGUAUGCUUUUAUUCGUUUAAUAUGUCGGCUUUGCCCAACUUGA